CGCUCUCCGAAGAGCUUCCGGUAUGAAAGGGCAUCACCUCGGAGAAAGAUGGCGGCGCCGUUGGAGCUGUACUGCUGGAGAGGAGACUGGGGUUUACCGUCCAUAGAUACCGAGUGUCUCACCGUCCUGGCAUAUUCUAAGUUUGCUGGUGCUCCACUCAAAAUUCACAAGAUUACCAACCCCUGGAAAAGCCCCACAGGAACCUUACCUGCUUUGAAAACCAGAGAGGAGGGCAGUAUUUCAAAACCCAGUAAUAUCAUCAUUCACCUCAGAAAACAGAAAUAUAAUGCUGACUAUGACCUCUCAGCCAAGGAGGGGGCAGACACUCUGGCUUUUGUGUCUCUACUGGAGGAGAAACUGCUGCCUGCUUUGAUUUACACCCAGUGGGUGGACUCCAAAAACUACGUUGAUGUGACACGGUCCUGGUAUGCAGAGAAUAUAUCUUUCCCCCUCAACUUUUUUCUGCCCAACCGUAUGCAAAACCAGCAGCUGGAGAAGCUGAGGCUGGUUAGAGGAGAUCCCAUGCUGGAGCCAGGGGAGCAACUGGAAAAGGAGCUCUAUCGAGACGCCUUAGAGUGUAUGACUCUGCUGUCUCAGCGCCUGGGCUCUCACAAGUUCUUCUUUGGUGACUUUCCAUCCUCAUUGGAUGCCUAUGUGUUUGGCCACCUAGCUCCUCUGCUGAAGAUCAAACUGCCCAAUGGAAAGCUCCAGCAGCAUCUGAACUCCCUGGACAAUCUGAGGAACUUCUGCUCCAACAUCCUGCUGCUCUACUUUCCAUCAACAGGCCAAGACAACUCAAGCCACAAAACACCCACCCAUGCAGAUGGCAGUGACUUUGACAGUGAACCACACUUAAGACGCAACCAGAUCCUGUCUGCACUGUUUGCAUUUGGAGCCAUGCUAGGCUACGCUAUUUUAACAGGGAUUGUGAGCAUUGAGCGGGUCCAACCCCAAAGAGCUCUGCAGGCACGAAAGCGUGCUGAUGACGAAGAAGCGGACUGAGCCAGCUCCAGGUCAUCUUUUUCAAGAGACAUGAGUGCUUUCACAUACUUGUAAUGUACUUUGGAAGAUUGAACGGGGGUAAUGGAGUUGCAUUCCUCAGUAACCCAACCACCAGUAAGGUGGUAAACUUUUGUAAUCAGAACCGCUAACAUGCCAAGAAGGUAGCCUCUGUUUUACUGUUUACUAUUUUUUUCUCUUUGCCCCCAGGAGGUAUACUAUCACCUACCUCUUAAUCUUCAAGGACUAUUUAUGUAAUUCAAAAAUGGUAUGUAACCUUGCUUGUGGAUGUUAAUGUGACUGGGGGUGGGGGGGCUGAUCCUUUCUUGUGAUGUUUUGUCAGGUUUCACUUUGGCAAACGGGAUGUUGACUUGAUUUCAGGUCAUUAAUAAUAAAAUUGUUGAAACAUCUCA